CUACUAUCGAUCUGGGUGCUGACUUCUCAACUAUGGCUGAAGAAUUUGCUAAACAUUUGGGAUGGAAAAUUAAUGAUGAUAACCACGAAUCUCAGAAUAUCAAUAAUGUAGUAUCGAGUAUUGUUAGACAAGUAUCGG